AGAGCUGAGGCGAGCCUGCGCAGCUGCCGCCGGAAGCGCCCAGCCGCCCCACAAAAUGGCGGUGCCUACAGCUCGCUUAGCGGCACGGCGGCUCUUCCUACCCUGGCGUCCUCGCCUUUUGCGAUCGUCCGGCCCGGGGAACCGGUGUGUACAUGUGGGAACAGGCAGGUUCAGAGUUUCCAAGGCAGCAACAGAAGUAGUCUUAAAUGUUCCUGAGACUAGGGUGAGUCCUCUGGAAAAUGGCUUGCAAGUAGCUUCUGAAGACUCUGGACUUUCAACAUGCACAGUUGGACUUUGGAUUGAUGCUGGAAGCAGGUAUGAAAAUGAGAAGAACAAUGGAACUGCUCACUUUCUUGAGCAUAUGGCUUUCAAGGGAACAAAAAAGAGAUCUCAGUUAGACCUUGAACUAGAAAUUGAGAACAUGGGAGCUCAUCUGAAUGCCUAUACGUCCAGGGAACAAACAGUGUAUUAUGCAAAGGCUUUUUCAAAAGAUUUACCAAGAGCUGUGGAAAUUCUUGCUGACAUAAUUCAGAACAGCACCCUGGGAGAAGCAGAGAUCGAGCGUGAGCGAGGAGUUAUACUUCGAGAGAUGCAAGAGGUUGAAACCAAUUUACAGGAAGUUGUCUUUGAUUACCUUCAUGCUACGGCCUAUCAGAAAACAGCCCUAGGAAGGACGAUUUUAGGACCCACAGAAAACAUUAAAUCCAUAAACCACAAUGACUUGGUGGAGUACAUAACAACACAUUACAAAGGACCCAGAAUAGUCCUGGCCGCUGCUGGAGGGGUCUGUCACGAUGAGCUACUUGACCUAGCCAAAUGCCACUUCGGUAACUUGCCGUCUGCUCCAGAAGGAGGGCUGCCACCCCUGCCGCCCUGUAGCUUCACGGGCAGUGAGAUCCGUAUAAGAGACGACAAGAUGCCCUUGGCGCACUUGGCGAUAGCCGUGGAAGCAGCUGGCUGGGCUGACCCAGAUACGAUCCCCCUUAUGGUAGCAAACACUCUGAUAGGUAACUGGGACCGCUCCUUCGGAGGUGGCGUGCAGAACUUAUCCAGUAAGCUUGCUCAGAUUGCCUGCCAUGGUAACUUGUGUCAUAGUUUCCAGUCCUUCAACACCUGCUACACUGACACGGGGCUGUGGGGCCUCUACAUGGUCUGUGAGCCAUCAACUAUCCAGGACAUGGUGCACUUUGUUCAGAGAGAAUGGAUAAGACUUUGCACAAGCGUUACAGAAAAUGAAGUAGCUCGAGCAAAAAAUCUUCUAAAGACAAAUAUGCUGCUACAACUUGAUGGCUCCACCCCAAUCUGUGAAGACAUUGGAAGACAAAUGCUCUGUUAUAAGCGCAGAAUCCCAAUUCCAGAACUUGAAGCAAGGAUUGAAGCUAUUGACGCCCAGACUAUUAGAGAAGUUUGCACAAAGUACAUCUAUGAUAAGCAUCCUGCUGUUGCUGCUGUGGGUCCAAUUGAACAACUUCCAGAGUAUAACAAAAUCUGCAGUGGCAUGUAUUGGCGUCAUGAGUAGUGAACAAGAACUUCCAGUAUGUUUGAGCUUUAAGAGGAAAAAAAAAAACAAAACACUGCUUUUGACUUCAAAAAUGCAUUUGAGAAGAUUAAAACUCAAACACCAACCAUAGUCCUGUGUAUCUGUACAAUUAAGGAGAGAAUGAAAACAUGUAUAGUAUUUGCAUUUUUAUUAUAAAACAAAGAUUGUCAGUAAAAGUCAUUUCUUGACUUUAGUAGCAUUCAUCACUUGUUCUUGAGCAGCUUUCUUUGCCUUGACCAUUUCAACGAGUUCCUGGAGAGGUGGAAAAAAAACAAAACCAAAAACUUAUUUAAAAAUGUGUACCUUAAUGAUGCUGUGGUUUUAAGCAUUUGGUGUAGUCAGCCUGAACCACGGCACUAGCUCUCAACAGUGAGCAAUCCAGACAGUUUAAUACCAUAAAACAAUUUCUCCUAGAAACAAAUUAAUACUGACAUGGUGUAGAAGAUCAAUGCUCAUCUAAUCCCCUUGUAGUACAAAAGGGAAUAUAAAGCAGGCUAGGGAAAGGACUUCACAAUCUGCAAGAAGGUGCUGUCAAAUUUUAAGACAAAUUUUAUGGGGCAGACUUCUUCCCAGCUUCCAGUUUUAGUACUUCCACUGAAGAAAACCUAGUCCCUACUGCUUUUCUGGGUUAACAACAACAACAAAAUUCUCCAUAAAGUGCCAUCUUCUGCUAAUUUGUUGUUGUCAGAUACUGUCUUGGGGAGGGAUGGCAAAAGUAAAGGCAAUGGGUUCUACCAAAACCUGAGUUAAUUAAAAUCCUAGAAGGAGGUAAGAAAGCCUUACCUUAUAUCGCUUCAUGCAGUCCUUUUUUGACCGGCCUGGGACAGCUGCUGCUAUUUUCUCCCAUCUUUCAGCAGUAUUUACUGGAUAAGUCUUCAGUGCUUGUUCUAAAAGCUUCUGUUCUUCUGUAGUCCAAGGGGAUGAAUCUAAAGACGAUCCUGUUUUCAAAAUCAAAAGUGACAGUAAAAAUAACUUUAGUAAUGAUUCCUCGAGAUAAGUGUAAGAAAAUACUGUGAAAAUAUUAUAAUCGAUUUUAAGUCCUUGCAGCUCUGUGAUACCACUGAUUUGAUUUAAGGGAUAUCCAGUACUAAAGCCUGGAAAAAAACCAACAACACUGAAACAGACUGGCCAAAGUGCCACCUGGGAUCUUUAAAUACAGCACAGAGACUUUGGAAGGUAACAACUUUGUUGUCCGCCAGGCGUUAGAUAAGAGGUGUUAGAUAACCAUUGCUGUCCUGUGAAACCACAUCCUUAGGGCAGCGAUGUUGUUCUUCCUGUUACAUUUCAGUAAGGAACCAGCCUGCUGCAAGACUCUGGAAAGUUUGAUGGGUGUGUCUGGGGUUUAACAGGAGACCAAAGUUAGCUGUAGGAUGAUCGUGUAUCUCAAGUGCAGCCCCUGGAAACGUAGCACCUCUGAGGAACAGAUGAUCUCAGCAUCUGACUUAACCUGUUGGCUCCCCAGGAAGCACUCCAAACUGUCACCGACUGUUUAGUUAGCCUUGGUUUGUACUAAAUGUACCAGAAACCCUCAAAUAAAUCCAGUAACUGAGCUUGCA